AUGGUGUUCCUGUGUCUAUCGUUUAUUGCCGUUGCUCUGCGGUGCUUCGUCCGGCUGAGACUAGUGAAAGCUUUUGGAUGGGAUGAUGGCCUGAUGGUGUUAGCAAUGCUAUUCAACAUCUGGUUUGCAACAUGCGUGCUGGCUGGCUCGGUUGCCGGGGUUGGGAAAAGAUUUGACCAGUUCGACUCGGUAGAAGAUGCUCAAAUGGGUCUUCUGUGGUGGUGGCUCGCCCAGAGCGCCUAUGUUUGCGUCGUGGCAACUGCAAGAAUCUCCAUCGCGAUGCUCCUUCUCCGUCUUACCGUCCAGCGGCGCCAAUCAGUCGUCCUGUAUAUUGUAAUCGGGCUAACAGCCACUGUCGGCCUCGCCUUCUGGCUUAUUCUGACGUUGCAGUGCCAUCCGGUUCGAGAAUUCUGGCAACGAACGGGCAGAGGCCACUGCAUUGACACCCAGUAUGUAGUGGACAUUGCGUACCUCUAUAGCGCGACUGCAUGUCUUUGCGACUUCACCCUUGGACUCUUCCCUGUAUAUCUUGUAAAAAACCUGCAUAUGAGCUGGAGGACUAAAUGGGCGAUAAGAGUCAUUCUCAGCAUGGGAUGCAUAGCAGGUGCUGCCGUCGCAGCCCGUAUCCCCUAUCUCCCGGACUAUACAAAUCCAGACUUCCUAUAUGCCACCGCUGGUAUCGCUAUCUCGUCCGUCAUCGAGGCCGGUCUCGGCAUCAUGGCUGGGAGUCUCAUCACGCUCCGUCCACUCAUGCGCUGGCUCCGAGACGUUAGUCACAGGGUAUCGAGCACAGCAAGAGGAGUAGCAUCUAGUAGUAAUCGCACGCAAUCUUUGUCCGUUGAACAAAAACACACCUCCCGAAAUCACGGGCAGUCAGACAUUGAAGCAGCAAUGCCGUCUCCUCCAUCGCAGACCGACGAACCUCAUUUUGGGACUGGGGCGAUAUAG